UCAAAUUCUACUGUUAGAUUUUCUCUUAUACUAUUGGAUAUUAACAAGCAAAAGGAUCGCUGAUACAUCACUUGAAAAAAAAUGCAAGAAUUAUGUUACGCUGAUAACUGUGCAAAUGGUCAGAGGGCUAAAUACUAGCCUUAUCUAUUGUAGGUUGCCAAGAGAAUCCAGCGAAAUAGCGUGUCAGGCGACAGGAUUUGUUUCAUCUCAGAAAACACGGUCUGUUCUUGAAAAGAGCAAGACAUCGUUUUUGUAAAUUAAGGGAAUCGAUUUCACUGAGCUAGCGAAGUUUUUUUUUUGCUCGUAUUAUUUCGAAAUAUAUGAAUGCUUUUAAAAGCGGACUAGACGUCACUGAACUGUCGUCCUCAAAUAGAAUGGGGAAUGGAUCAGUGAAACCAAAACAAAUAAAGCAACCAGACAGGACUGUAGUGAGUCUUUCUCUUAAUGGCAAUGGAAACAAGCUGUUCAAAGAUGCUGGUACUGGCCUUAAUGUCAAGGGCACAUCUGAAAUCCUCAGAUUUAAAGUUUCAGAUCUCGAAAAGGAAAGCAAAAGAAAAGAUGAAGAGCUUCGUGACAAGGAUUACAAAAUCAAAGGGCUUCAGGAGCAGCUUGUCAAGCAGACUACAGUUAUUUCUGAGCUUACUGAGGAGCUACAAAACAAGUGCAUACAGCUGAACAAGCUUCAGGAUGUUGUAAAAACUCAAGGUGGUCAGAGCCUUCAUCCCUCACCACUCAAAGUCAGAUUCAGCCAGCAUGUCAGUGAUUUUUUCAGUCACACCCUGAACAAGAGGAAGGGUGCAAAAGAAGGAGUGUCAGCAGAGCCCACCUCCGCCUCCACUAGCAGAUUUCCCAAGUUUUCUUUCGAGAAAGUCAGGGUUCGGAAAGAUUCAAGUGUGAAGAAACUGAUCACAGAAGCUCUCAAUAAGAACCAGUUUCUUAAGAGGCUAGAGACGCAGCAAAUCCGAGACAUGGUGGAGUGCAUGUAUGAGAGAACCUACAACCAAGGAGAAUAUGUCAUCAAGCAGGGGGAACCUGGCAAUCAUUUAUUUGUUCUGGCAGAGGGACACCUGGAUGUCUUUCAGCAGAGCAAAUUAUUAACAACAAUAUCUAUGUGGACUGCAUUUGGUGAAUUGGCAAUAUUAUAUAACUGCACCAGGACCGCAUCAGUCAGAGCUGUCACCAAUGUCAAAACAUGGGCCUUGGACCGGGAAGUGUUCCAGAACAUUACAAGAAGGACUGCUCAAGCAAGACAUGAGCAGUACAGAAACUUUUUGCGAAGUGUUUCUCUGCUAGCCAACUUGCCAGAAGACAAACUCUGUAAGAUAGUUGACUGCUUGGAAGUGGAAUAUUAUGACAAAGGGGAUUAUGUCAUCAGGGAAGGAGAGGAAGGAAGCACUUUCUACAUUAUAGCCAAAGGAAAGGUUAAAGUGACCCAAAGCACACAGGACCAUGUGGAACCCCAAACGAUAAAGACACUACAGAAAGGAGACUACUUUGGGGAGAAGGCUCUGAUCAGUGAUGAUGUGAGGUCUGCCAAUAUAAUUGCAGAUGAAAAUGAUGUGGAGUGCCUUGUUAUUGACCGAGAAACAUUUAAUCAAACUGUUGGGACUUAUGAUGAACUUCAAAAGUAUCUCCAAGGGUAUGUGGCAAAUCUCACAAGAGCUGAUGAAAAAAGGCAUGCUAAGAGAUCAGCUUGUAUGCACUGGGCUUCUGCUCUUUCCUUGGAGCUGAUUCAGCUGAAGGAAAAAGUAUCUAGCUUCUCAUCCAGCUCCCCAUUCGAGAACCUGGAAGUCAUUGCCACACUAGGGGUGGGAGGUUUUGGCAGAGUAGAACUGGUUAAAGUACGAAAUGAAGACAUUGCAUUUGCUUUGAAAUGUAUCAAGAAGAAGCACAUUGUUGAUACCAGACAAGAGGAGCAUAUCCAUUCAGAACGGAAGAUUUUGGAGGAAACCUGCUGUCCGUUUAUAGUGCAGUUGUACCGUACCUUUAAAGACACCAAGUGUGUGUACAUGUUAAUGGAAGCUUGUCUUGGAGGGGAAAUUUGGAGUCUCCUACGUGACAGGGGGAGCUUUGAUGAUCAUACAGCCAAGUUUUGCACUGGUUGUGUGACUGAAGCAUUUGAUUACCUGCAUCAGAAUAGCAUUCUCUACAGAGACCUGAAGCCUGAAAAUCUCAUGCUAGACUCAGAAGGAUAUAUUAAAUUGGUUGAUUUUGGCUUUGCAAAGAAAAUUGAAUGUGGACAGAAGACAUGGACAUUCUGUGGAACCCCAGAAUACGUUGCACCUGAAAUAAUUUUGAAUAAAGGCCAUGACUUUAGUGUGGACUUCUGGUCACUUGGGAUCUUGGUAUUUGAGCUUCUUACGGGCAACCCACCAUUUUGUGGAUCAGAUCAGAUGAUGACCUACAAUUUUAUACUGAAAGGUAUUGAAAAAAUGGACUUUCCAAAGAAAAUAACAAGACGGCCUGAGGACCUGAUUCGAAAGCUUUGCAAACAGAAUCCAACAGAACGCCUGGGAAACUUGAAGAAUGGAAUUACUGAUAUUAAGAAACACAGGUGGUUUAACGGCUUUAAUUGGGAGGGGCUGAAAGCCAGAAGUUUAAUGUCCCCACUUAAAAGAGAGUUAAAAGGCCCAACAGAUCAUAGUUAUUUUGACAACUACCCUCCAGAUGUCGACAUUCCCCCAGAUGAGCUGUCCGGCUGGGAUAAUGACUUCUAAGACAUUCUGUUGUUCUAGUCAUCUGGAGAACAAAACCACAGUUAUAUUCCUAAUAAUGGCCAUUUUGUGAUGUUGCUAAGUGUCAAACAGUAACUCUUUCUAUGAAUAGUGAUGCUUAUAAGGUGUGUGGGAUCAAUUUUACAAUUUGCAAAUAGGAGUUUGUAAAGAAGAAAAAUGAAAACUGAACAGGCUAUGAGUUUUCAUGUCUGUGUUUUUCUGAAACCAAGGAAAAGUGUAUACCUGUGCUGAACUAAAAGUUUUCCAAGGGUUGAAUUGUGAAGAAGAUGAAACAACCAAACUCAAUUUUCUUUUCAGUUUUAGAGAAGAUGGCUCUAUGUGUUAUUAACAAGCCUAAUUUCUCACAAAUUGCAUCUCUGCAAUCAAAGUCACCAGAGAAACAAAUGAGUUUAAAAACAGUUAUAAAGACACUUUUCUUUGUAUGUAUUAGAUAUUCUAUAUAUUGUGAAGGAUUUUGUGAGUAAGCUGUGAUGUCUUAGAAAAGGUUUAA